AUGGAAGAUUUUAAAAAAGUCGAUCCUAAAAAAACAGAUUAUUUGCUCGGUUUGUUUGAACCGAGUCAUCUCCAGUAUGAAAUGUACAGGAAAGAAACUGGUAAUACAGACCCGACCUUGGCGGAGCUAACCGAAAAAGCUAUCCAAAUUUUACAGAAAAACGACAAAGGAUUCUUUUUACUCGUAGAAGGUGGACGAAUUGAUCAUGGUCAUCACAAUAAUGUCGCCAAAGAGGCACUAACCGAAACAGUUAGUUUUGAUGACGCAAUAGUCAAAGCUCUGCAGAUGGUUAACGAAAAAGAGACAUUAACAGUGGUCACUGCUGACCAUUCGCAUGUCUUCAAUAUAGCUGGCUACCCUCCACGUGGAACAAAAUUAUUGGACAAAAUACCUGACGAUGUUCAUGAAAAACCCCCAAGCGACAACAAGCCGAUGACAAUUCUAGUCUAUGGAAAUGGACCCGGAUACAAUUCUACUCGUCAAAAUCUUACUGGUGUUGAUACAACCAGGAACGACUAUCAGCAACAGAGUGCAGUCCCUAAGAAGCGAGAGACACAUGGUGGCGAGGACCUUGCCGUGUUUGCAAAAGGACCCAUGGCCCAUAUCUUCCGCGGGGUCCGCGAACAAGUCUUUAUUCCGGCUGCCAUAGCUUACGCAUCCUGCGUUGGAGAUAACUUGGCACAUUGUGAUGGCAUCAAACCAACAACUCCUACAAAUUCGGGCAACAUGGCAGAAAAUAGAUUGAAAGCGUCGCUCGUUUUCCUGACUGCUUCAAUGAUCCUUUCAAUUCAGAUUUAG